GGUUCAACUGUCCGCCGGAGCAGCCUCGGGGGUCGCCAUGGGGUCGCCCGCCCGCUCUUCGCCGGCCCUGGCCGGGGGCGCCUGCUGAGAUGCCCCGGAGGAGGGCGAGGGCGGCGGCGGCGGGCAGCGGGGCAGCAGCGUCCUUCCCUCCCUCCCUCCUCGGAGCCGGCCUGGCGGGAUGGCCUCCUCCCCCUCCGGGCGGGGGUCUCCGGGGGCCGCCGGGCUGCUGCGGGGGAGCCGGGCGCGGUCCUACGGCAGCCUGGUCAGCUCGCCCGUGCGCGAACGGCGGCUGGAGCACCAGCUGCGCCCCGGGGACACUUUGCAGGGCCUGGCCGUCAUGUACGGGGUGGCGACGGAGCAGAUCAAGAGGGCCAACCGGAUGUACACCAACGACUCCAUCUUCCUCAAAAAGACUCUAUUGAUCCCAGUGCCGACCAAGCCCAAGGCUUUGUCCAAUGGACUGGACUUGGAGAAGGAGGAGGAGGAGGAGGAGGGAGGGGAGGCCCUCCGGCCCGAGUCGACCAAAAAGCAGAAGCAGCCCCGGAAGAACGGCUCUUCGGGGGGCUCUGUCCCCAAACAUGACCUCUCGGCUGCCGAUUUCCUCUUCAAAUUGGAUUCCGAGAUCCGACGAUCCAAGCAAGCGGCCGCCAAGAAGCUGCGGGAAGGGGAGAGCGGGAUUUUUGGGGAGGCAGCCGGGAUGAGCCCCACGCCUUCCUCCUCCAGCUCCUACCAGGGUGAGCCUUCGCCCCGGGCCCAACAGCGGGCAGUCCUGGGGCCCGUACCCCUCACCCGGAUCGCCCUUGAAGAAGCCAAGCGCUUUCAUCCCAAGCUUCUAGUCCUCACUGAUCCAUUGCAAACACAGCCUGCUGAGUCUUUAGGCCCAGGUCCGAAAUCCCAGCCGUGGAACCAGUGGCCGUGA